AUGCAUUCUGGAAGAAUUUUCAAAAAUAGUUACUACUUACCUUUUAAGUCGAAAUGUUUGAGCAAUGUAAACAAUCAACUAGCCGAGCAGUCAUACCAUUUGCACUACUUUCUGUUAGGCACAAGCCACCCCUUUGCCGAAAAUGAAAUUCAUUUGAUUGAGUAUAAUGAUCAAUCCUGUACUGUCCGGAAUGUCGAGAUUUUUGACCACAAGGAGGAGGUCAAGCACUUGGUUUGUUUAGAUAUGUGUGGAAAGGGGGAUGCAAAGGGGAAAGACAUUCUUGUGUGCACCUCGGUGGUUGUUUCUGGCGAUGUUGGGAGAACUAGCCAGCUUCCUGUUAAUGCGGGUGGAUUGGAAUAUAGGUGUUUUCUCCAUCGGGGUAGUCUGAACAAUUUCGAUGAGGAAGAGUUCGCUGCAGGAGAGGAGACAGACCCAGGCAUGGAACAGAUGGACGAAGCGAACCAAGCAAACCAAGCAAACCAAGCAAACCAAGCGAGUCGUAAUUUGGAUGAUCCAGGGGGGGAGGAAAAUGGACCAGCAAAAAGUAUGACCAAUGAAUUGAUGAACGAUAAAGGGGCGAAGCAGAAGUCGAUGAGCAGGGGGAAAGGAAAAGCAGCGCUGGACAAACUGUGCGAACUGAAAACCGAUCAGCCAUAUGUUGGCAUCAAAAACAUAGCGGUGGAGGAGCAUGAAGGCGAGUUUCGUAGAAUUGCAGUUAUAGAUAAGUACCGUUAUGACAUAUUCGGCAGGAGCCAAAGCGACAUGGAUUUUGUUACCUCGAAAAACAUGAAUCAUGAAUUGAAUUACGGUAUCUUCGACCCACAUCACGAAAAUAUCUUAACCGUUAUUAGUGACACGAAUGUGUACGGAUACGACACGAAGAAUGACGUGGAAAUAUUUUCGACGUUUGCAAACCAUAAGGCUGAUUUAUCAUCCCUGGACUUCAAUCCAAACAUUCCAAAUGUCAUUGUAACUUCAUCAAAUGAUGGCUACGUAAAAUUUUGGGACCUUCGAUUUCUGACUGAUGCAUUUCUUACAGUUAAUAUUCAUUCGCACUGGGUCACCUCCAUCCACUUUAAUAAUUUUCACGAUGAGUUGCUGCUAAGCACUAGUUCAGACAACACGGUGAAGUUGCACAAAAUUGACUAUCCGGCCAAGUUAAAUUUGAAGAAAAAGGAUACGAACUAUCAGUUAUUAAAAACAUACUCGGAUCACGAGGAGUCUGUUUAUCAGGGCAGGUGGAGCAAAACGGACGCGUGGGUGUUUGCGUCUCUCUCGUACGAUGGCAAAUGUGUAGUGAAUAGUGUGCCCACCGAGGAGAAGUACAGGAUUCUACUCUAA